UUCUGUCCGCCUGCCUGUAUUUGGGAGAAGAGACCCGCCCACCUUAAUAAAGACUGGACCUUCUCUCUUCCAAUCCAGACAAAAGGAGAGGACGACAGAUCUGCGGUGGCGCGCACUGAGCGGAGCAUCCGAGCACCUUGGAGACGAUUUGAUCCGACGCGCAAGAACGCACACCGGCACAGCGACACACACGCCCUCCAGGUCCACCUGAAACCUCCAGGCCGGUUAAUUGUCCAGUUAUAUAGCCGAGAAAAGGGAGUCUGAGCCCCGAUUCAAUCGCAGCCAGAACACCGUGUUCCCAUGAUGUCAUACCUGUGGAUUCUGCUAUUAGGAAGCCUGCUGGCUGCAAGCGCCACGGCAGAAGAUGAUGUAACUCCGAAAGUGGAGGCAGAAGGUGCUGGGGCCCCGACCCCUGUAGCAGAUGCAGCUCCAGAUGACAAGAAUGAGCCCACCGCUGACGAAGAAACUGACCAUAAGCCUGAGGAACAACCAACAGCGGCAAGUGAGCCUGAGCCUGCUGCUGAGGAUAAAGCUGAAGAAUCAGCCACUCCACACACAGCAGAACCAACAAGUCCUGCACAUGAAGACGCAAAACCGGAUGAGGAUGCAAAACCAGACGAGGACGCAAAACCAGCGACUCCUGCACAGGAGGAUGUACAAGCAACAACUCCUGCAAACACGGACGCAGACCCUGCAGCUCCUGCUGAUGAAGAUGCAGAACCAGUUGCUACUGUUGAAGCAGAUACAGUAGAGGAAGCAGCUGCAGCAACACCAGAGCCUGCAGCUGAUACAGAGGCUCAGGAUCCAAAGGCUGAGGAACCAACAGCUGAUGGAGAAGAGAAAGCUACCUCAAGCAGCGGUGCAACACCUGCAAACGAGGAGAGUGGAGCUGAGGCAACACCAGCAGCAGAUCCAGCUGUACCACAUGAUGAGGACAAACCAACUGAGCCAGCUGCAAAACCAACAGAACAACCUGUUAACGUAGAUCAAGAGCUCAUUGUCCCAGCUGUGAAAAAAGACCAACAUGCAGAGUUCGACUUGGCAGAUGCUGUGGGAGGAGUGGAUGAGAAAAAACAACCCAUUUCUGAACCUGAUGCACAUGUUGCUGGCGCCAAAGGAGAUGCUGCAGACACACUUGAACACAAAGAGGGCAGCUCCAGCUCCAUAGCAGGCAUCCUGUGUGCAGUGGCCGUGGCUGUAGUGGGAGCUAUUGUUGGAUACUUCACCUAUAAGAAGAGGAAACUGUGUUUCGGAAAUAGACAGGAAGCGGAUCCAGAAGCGGCACGCAAAGCUGAUGCAGCAGAGGCUCAGUCAGAUCCCCAGGUCCUUAGCAACCUGCUCAACUCCUCCUAGACCAGCAAUGAUUACAUGACUGCCUGAACCAACUACCGGCAAGCAAAGUGGCAAUCUCACUGUUAGGCUCAGUCUUCUGUAGAGCUAAAUUACUGUGAGGCCCAGAGUAGGGCUGUGUGUGUUUCUGUCUGUUUGACUGCGUGAAUCUGUGCGUGUGUUGGUCUGUGCGUGUGAGUGUGCAUAUGUGUGUUCACUCCUGUGUGUGUGUGUGUGUGUGUGUUUGUGCGUAUGCAUAUAUGUGGGGAGUAGAUACAUGUGAACCUUAGGGGUUUUAGGGAUUUAUUCAAAUGAUUGGACAAACUUUCUACUUUAAACCAUUUUUAAAAAAAGAGAUAAAAUCUCAAAUUAACCAUGAAAUGGCUAAAUUAUCGAACAACAUUUUUUAAAAUUUUUAUUUGUAUGGCUACUAUCCAGUUCUAGUAAUUCAGUGUGAAUAUAAAGCAGUGACAGUUAUUGAUGUUGUAGAUGUUGAACUUUGUACUGAAUUCUUAAAAGUGGAAUUUGUUGUCAUUGUUUGAGCCACCCAUAUGAUUUAAUAACCCACUGGAAACAGUCACUUAAGUACAACAUUUGUUUUGAAAUUAUCUACAGUACUAAUGCAGGAUAGAUGGAUAACAGGAGGCUUCAAUAACUACCACUGUAUUUCCUGGAUUCUGGCAAGGAAACAUAGGAUGGGAUUAUAAUCCUAGGAUUCUGGGGAUGCUGUUACAUGGUCCAAUGUGUGUUCAGGGGCCACUGAUGUCACUGUAUGUGUGUUUGUGUGUGUGUUUGUCUUAUUUUGGUUGGUGGAGGGGCUUUAGUUUUAGUAAAUCCUGUUGGGUGACUACCACUUUCCCUCAGUCAGUUCAGUGAAAGAAUGAUAUUUGCAAUUAAAUGCUAAGAAAUCCAAAUGAAACAAACUCACUUAGUUAAUCGCAAAUUGAUUAAUAAAGGGGUAGUUAAGAAUUUUUUGAAGUGGGGUUGUAUGGGGUACUUAUCCACAGUCAGCAGAUGUCAGUCUGCAUUUUCCCAGUUUGGAGA